AGAUGGCGGCGGCGGCUUCGGGCCUGUCCAAGGCCGAGUACCUGAGGCGGCGCUACCUGGAGCCGGGGGAGGCCGAGGCCGAUUCGGGGGCCAAGAAGCGGCGCCGGAGGAAGCGGCCCAAGGAGCUGCCGGGGGGGAUGCGUAUAGUGGAUGAUGAUGUGAGUUGGAAAAGCAUUUAUAAUGUGCAAGAAAAGGAGGAGGAAGAAGAGGAAGAUGGAGACCUGCCUGUGGUGGCAGAAUUUAUUGAUGAGCGGCCAGAAGAAGUAAAGUGGAUGGAGGAAUUCCGUGGCAGUAAAAAGUGGAAGCUCUUGGGAGAUCACAAUGAAGAAUCACAAAGCUCUGAUCUUUCUGGAGCUGCAAAAUCAAACAGUUCGGAAGCCGUAAAGCAAAAGCAAACAAAGCAUUUGUCAGAAUUGUCCCCACCCAGAAGGGGCCGCCACAACUUGCCAGAUCCGCGUCAUUCUGUGACGGGCAAGAGCCAUCGCAGAACUGCAAGUGGAGGCCAAGAAGAACGCCUUCCAGAUAAGCACUUAGCCCGUCAAAGGCAGCAGGUCACCUCUGAUUUAUCCCCACCCAGGAGGAAAAGACAUGAUUCUGAUGCUGACUUGUCGCCUCCUCGGGAGCUGACGUCAUCCCCCCCUGGGCUGAGAAAGCAAGGCAAUGUCAGAGGCUCUUCUCUGGCCUCUAAGAAGUCCCAGCGACAUGAUUCUGAAUCUGAGUCGGAUUCUGCUCCCGCAACGAUGAGCACCAAGGCCUCCUCCGAUUCAGACCUUUCCUUGCCACGGGCCGUUCGCCGCACGCGGCUGCAGGACUCUCGUGCUGAUCUUUCUCCUCCCAGAAGGAACCGGUGUGCGUCUUCAGACUCCGAUUUGUCUCCUCCCCGAAGAGGGCAAGAUGUCGGACAGAAGGCCCGCAGGGCACAAAGUCCACCUGACCUCUCACCACCGCGGCGGGCCAGAGACUCCAAAGGAAGGGGCGACGGAGCGCAGGACCCUCAGAUGCUGUCCGGUGGCAAAGCAGGCUUGGUGUUGGCUGACCUCCUGCGGAGGGAGCGGCAGGAGUUCCGGAAGCAGGAGAGGGGCAGCCAACAUCUGGAAGAUGACUCGCAGCAUGCAGCCACUGUCUUCCGGGAUAAGUCCGGCCGCAAGAGGGACCUGAAGCAGGAGCGGCUGGAGCAGCAGAAGGCAGCGCAGCAGAAGUCCGAGCGGGACGCGCAGUAUGCCAAGUGGGGCAAGGGGCUCGCCCAGAGCAGGCAGCAGCAGCAGAACGUGGAGGACGCAGUGAAAGAGAUGCAGAAGCCGCUGGCCCGGUACAUCGAUGACCAGGAUUUGGACCAGAUGUUGCGGGAACAGGAGCGAGAAGGAGACCCCAUGGCCAACUUCAUAAAGAAGAGGAAGAGCAAGGAGGCGAAAGAUCAGAAAGAAAAGCCAAAGUACAGUGGACCAGCCCCACCUCUCAACCGAUUUAACAUCUGGCCCGGGCAUCGCUGGGACGGAGUUGACAGGUCCAACGGCUUUGAGCAGAAGCGCUUUGCCAGAAUUGCUAGUAAGAAGGCUGUGCAGGAGUUGGCGUAUAAGUGGAGCGUGGAAGACAUGUGAACGGCCACUCCGAGAUAGGAGAGAGCCUCCUGCCGCCCUCUGCAAUAGCUCCUAGCAACUGUGAUUAAAGGCGUUCAGCUCACAGGACCCUCUCGGGUGCUCUUGGGUGGUGACGGAAGCCGCUCACUCUGGGCAGCCAGAGCAGAGUGAGGCUGUUGAUGCUCCUGGAGUGGACACUGCGCAAGAAGGAAGAAGUGCGUGCGAGGGCUCUCCCGUGUGAGGAAGUCCCGGGGACAGCCACUGCCAACCCUGCCUGCUUCCCAGCAGGGCCCGUUCCUGUUGGGUCUGAGCUGUUCAUUUCAGAGCCCCCGCGAGGGCAGCGGCCAGAUGUCUGGCGUCUGCCAAAGCUCAGGCUCUUGUAAAGGUUUAGUUUGUUUGGGAGAAGAGCGGAGGCGGGACAGAGGAGGAGGACUCCUGUUCAGCAGCACUUCAUCAGGGAAGCCUCGGGCUGGGCAGUCCGGACUGCGGGGCAGGCGGGGUGGUGGCUCUGUAGUGUGGCCUUGAGUUUCCUGCCUUGCAGAGCUGGGUUGGACUUGUGCAGCUUCGAGGCCAGAGCGGCCCUCCCUCGACCUGAGGGUGCCCAGGCAGAUUGCUGAGCACAGUUGCAGUUUUCAGGGUGGCAAUACAUUCUUUCUAGCUGAGGCAGCUGGUUGGGAAAUUAAUAGGUAAAGGUGAAACU